AUUGAUUACCUAAGUUUUCCAAGUUAUGAAUCAUAGUAAUAGUAUAAAAUCAAUGCCAGGCUGGUCUUUCAACCGAGUAUCAAAUUUAAAAGAAAAAAGAGGACUAAACUGGUUUAGUCCCUCACAUUCAUUCAUAAAGAGGACUAGGAUCAGACCAAGAUUCUCUGCGAGCCUCACCGUGGACACAAUCAUAUCCCACUGUAAAUAGCAAGAGAGAGAGAGAGAGAGAGAGAGAGAUUCUAAAACUCACUUACAGCCUUCUUUCUCUUCCCCAGUCCACAACCCUGAUCAUCGAUCCUCUACUCCUCAUGGAGAUCGAUUUCAGAAAUCCCAAAAAUUCCCCAAAAUCAAAAAUGUCCUCCGGGAUUGGGAUAUCGUUGCCUGGUCCAUCAUCUACCUUCCACGUUCGUAUUGGCAAGAAAUUCAACCAUGUCAAGUAAUGGUAUCCCAAACGGAAAAAUUAGGGAAAAGAAAAAAAAGAGUUUGAUGUUUUGUUUUUACUACCAAAACGAGCUCCUCUUCUGCUUUAUGACCCAGAGGGAAAUUUCCUUGGACUAGGGUUGGAAAUUUGGUGACAUCAUUAAGAAAUCCACUCACUCUCUCUCCUCUCAACUUAAAAACCCAAAGAUUUUUAGGGUUUCAAUCAUAAAGAGUUUUCUAUCAGUUCCUUUGUGGUUCAAGGAAGGAGGUGUUGUUUUCUUCAGGGAUCUUGAUAAUUUGAGUUGAAACCAAACAGCAAUUGAGCUCUUUACUAAGACAAAAAACCUCAAAUUCUUGGAUGCAAAUCAAAUCAUCGGCAAAACAGUGAAAAUCCCAGCAAAAUCACCUUCAUUAAAUUUCUUUCUGAUUACCCUAAUCUUCAUUCUCCCACUUUCAUUGACUCAAUUGUUGUUUAAAGGUUCAUUCCUCAACUUCUGUGUUACCUUUUAUGGUUACUUUUCCUGUAAAUCAUCAUCUCCUUCGGAUUUCUUCUACUUUCUUUCUCUUCCUCUUCUCUCUUUUCUCUACCUCCGCUAUUGCUUUCACAGUAGCUUCUCUGUAUGCAUCCAAAUACAUCUCCUUUGUCUCCACUCUCUUUGCAAUUCCUCGCAUAUCUAAACAUCUUAUAAUCACCUUCUUUUACGCCUUGCUUCUCAUAAUCAUCACCUACUUGGCCGUCUUCAUUCCUGCAUCCGUCUUACGAGCUUUGUUAAAUAUUAAUGAAGGAGCUCUGAGGUGGGGUUUUAUUAUCAUAUUUGGUAUCAUACACCAUCUUGUUCAUUUGUAUGUCGCAGCUUUACGGCAUUUAUCCAGUGUAGUCUCUGUUCUUGAACCAAAUUUGUAUGGCUUGGCAGCCAUGAAGAAGAGUAAGCAACUCUUACAAGGGAGAACUAUAAUUGCUAUGGAACUUGUGAAUUCUUACUUUACGGCUACAUGGGUUAUAGGAUUGUUGUUAGGGUAUGCGAUGCAGUUUCCUAUACAUUUCAUGGUUAAGAUUUUGUUGGGAUUGCUGUGUUUGUUCAUGUUGGUGGCAGUUAAUCUCAUAGGGCUAUUAGUUCAGAAUGUAUUCUUCUUUGCCUGUAAAGCUCACCACAAGGAAGUGGUUGAUAAGAAUGUUUUGUUUGAUCAUCUUUGUGGGUAUGAUCACGACAGAGUGGGUUAUAAGUCUGUAGCAUUGAUUCCUCCUGGCACUGGCAGUUUGAAGAUGCACAAAGAUCACGGCAGAGUGGGUUAUCAAUCUGUUGAAGUGAAUGGUAAUACUGACUCUACUAUCAGGAUGCAGAUAUUGAUUGAAAUAUGACACAAUGGGAUACCAGAAUGUUUAAAUUGUAAGGACCAAAAACCUCUCAUCUUUAAUGUACUAUCUAAUUUCCAGUAAUGUAGUGUAGCUUGCAGACUAUAACAGGCUUAGAUGUCUCUAACGGUAAUUGCUUGUACCUGGACUGGUAUUUUAAUGAUAGUAUCCUACUAAUUACGGUA